AUGAGUGGAUAUACAUUAGUAUUAGUAUCAGAUAGAUCUAAUCAAAUUGAUCAUCAAUUACACUUUGAUCAUUUAUUAAAUAAAUUUAAUCUAAAGAAAACAAGUGCUGUUGAUGAUUUAUCAAACAAUAGUUAUAAUAUCAAUGUAUAUAAAUUCAAUUAUCAAGGAACUAGUCAUGAUGAUGGUCAACUAUCAAAACAAUUUCAUGAUUAUCUAGACAAUAAAUCAAUAGAUUUCUAUUUUAAUAAUGAUAAUCAUUAUGGAAAUCAAAGAAAAUUGGCUGCUUUUGAUAUGGAUUCAUGUAUUAUAAAGAAUGAAUGUAUUGAUGAAAUGGCAGUUAUCAUGGGAGUAUCAGACAAGGUAUCAGAGAUUACUAAAAAGGCAAUGGAAGGACACUACAACUUUGAUGAAGCAUUGAGAGAGCGUCUCAAUCUCCUCAAAGGAAUGACAUGUGAACAAUUGGAAAUGGUUUGGGAAAAGAUUGAAUUGAAUGCCGGUGCCUAUACACUCAUUAAAACAUUAAAAUAUCUUGGAUUCAAGGUUGCUCUUGUAUCGGGAGGAUUUACUUAUUAUUCAUAUCGUAUUGGUUCAAGAUUAGGUUUUGAUUAUGUAUUUUCAAAUCAAUUGGAAAUAAUUGAUAAUAAAUUAACAGGUAAAGUAAUUGGAUCAAUUGUAAAUGGACAAAUGAAAAAGGCAUUGUUAGAGAAAUUGACAGAAUUGAAUGGACUAGAACAAAAACAUACCGUCUCGAUGGGUGACGGAUCAAACGAUAAACUUAUGGUACAAUAUUCAGAUUUGGGUAUUGCCUACCACGCCAAGAGUAUUUUAAAGGCAGCUACACCCUACCAUAUCACGUUUACACCUCUUUCAACACUUUGUAUCUAUCUACCAAAUUACAAAGAUAUCAAAGAUUCCGAUAUACUAGAUGGUUUCCAAAACAAGGAAUUAAUAACAAAAUCUGUACACUCAAUUCCACAAUACCAAACAUUAAUAGAUCAAUAUAAAAAUGAUCUAUCUAUUAAAAAUAAUCUAAUUAUAAUUGAAUAA